AUGGGAGAGCUGAACAAAACAAUUUUAUCUGCUUCCUGUAGCAAAAGCAAGCCAUCCACAUUCAGGUCUUGGACGCAUUCUGGUGAAAUUAUCAGAGUAACACGUGACGAUAACCUGACGUUGGAAUGGCUAAAAACCAAGGUAUCAACCUUAAAAACAUCGGAAGGAGUAACACUCGCUGUUGUAAGAAUGGACGAGCUCUCCAAGCUCACCAAAGCCUCUCUCCCAGAGAAGGCGCAAGCUGACCUUAACGAGAAAGAAGUUGAGCAGCAAAAUCCAAACUUGUAUGUGGCGAAAUAUUGCACCUUCCGCCAUGAAACCAAAAAAGAUGCCUAG